AUGGUAGUUGGAGACUCCUGUAACAUUCUUCAUCUAGUAGCAUACAGGAUGCACAGCUCGCCCGAGUUUCGGUCACUUAAGGCCAAGAUCCGCAUGCUGUGUAAGCAGCGUCGCAUCCGGUUGGAAGAGUUCAUGAAGACGUUCGACAUCCAUCGAGUCAAGAAGAUCAAGACGGAGCAGUUCAAGCGCGCCCUUGACGUCAGUGGGCUUCACUUAUCUGCUACUGAGAUUAGUCUCCUACUCGCGAAGUAUCGCAUCGCAGAUGACCCGUCUUUCGUGGACUAUCGACGCUUCUGCGACCUGAUGGACAAGGUGUUUACAGUCAAAGGACUCGAAGCCAAGCCCAAGUUCCAGUCGAUUCCUCAUGGCGACUUUGAGCCACUCAAGACAUUCGCGUUUGAACCGUUAACACCCACGGAAGAAGCCACACUUGCAGUCGUGAAGCAGAAGCUCUUAGCAGCAGUGAUGAACAAAGGGAUCGUGCUUAAGGACGUCUUCCACGACUUUGAUCGAAGCAACGCCGGCAAAGUGACUCGACCGCAAUUCGUUAGGGAUAUUUCGGACAUCGUGGUGCUCUCUUCGGACGAGAUGGAUGUGCUGUUGAAGGCGUAUGGAGACAAGCUGGAUGUGCAUUACCGUGCUCUUCACUUCGACAUUUGCCCGGGUGCGUCGGGUGCUGGAACCAAGGCAGCUCAGCCGCGAUCACCGGAACGACGACACUUGGCAGCGCCGUCAGGUAUACACCACUCGGAUGUCGUCCAGGAACUUGAAGCAGAGUUGUCCGAUCUGGUUUUGAGAGAUCGUAUACGUACCAAAAACUUCUUCACGGACUUUGAUCCGCUACGUACAGGCAAGUGCACCGAGGCUCAAUUCCGACGUUGCGUCAAGCUGUGCUUCCCUAUUGUGAGUGACAGCGACUUGGCGUUGCUAGUGCAGAAAUACGGGACCACCAAGUCCUUAGACACGACCAAAGUGGACUAUAUCCGCUUCUGCAACGCCGUUGACGGCAAAGAACCUCAAAAUAACAAUUACGACGACAUUUUAACGACAAUUUCCAGCACCACAACGCACUCAAAAAUCGACAAAUGUUCGCGUGUCAUGCGUGGCUGUUUGACCGAUAACGAUUCAGAAGUUCUUCAGAAGAUGAUGCAACGUCUUCACAAUUAUUGCUCUACACGCCGAAUGUUGCUAAAACCAACAUUCCAAGACUUUGAUAAAGGCAGACGUGAACAUAUCACGGUUGACCAGUUUUUCCGUGUCAUGGCCAUGUUUAAACUGACGUUGCAUGGGGAGAGUGAAAAGCGAGCGUUGUUGCAACGUUACUCGAGCUCUCAUGGCGAACGGUUCGUUAACUACGUCACUUUUUGCUACGAUCUUGAGAACUGGGGGAGUGAUAACCAACGCUCGAACAAUCGUCCGUCUUCACGAGGAGUUGUGUCUGAAAUCAUUGCACCUUCGAAGCUCCGUACUGACAAAUUUGAAGACACUGCAACGGAGACGCACGUACGUUCGUUUCCGAUGCUAAUUCGCUACAUCAAGCAGACAAUCAAGCGCGAUCGCAUUCGUCUUGAAGAAUAUUAUCGAGACUUUGAUAAAUUACGUCACGGGAAGAUCACAUUUGCACAGUUUUGUGCAGGAUUAGAUGCUGCAGGUUUCCUUUUAUCUCGUGAAGAGAUGGCAUUGCUAGGUGGGGAAUAUGCGUGUAAAGAGGUCGAUAGUAUGGGCAAACACUGGAUCGCAUGGAAGACGUUCGUGGAUGACGUGGAGAGCGUCUUUACUGUGAAAGGAUUGGAGAAAAACCCACAUCAUGAUCUGAAAACUUUAGAGACUCGGGAAGGACAAUUUGGUGGCGUCGUGAUCGAUAAAGAUCUCACUCCAGCCGAAGAAGAAGAGGUGAAGCACAUUAUGCUGACUAUGAAGCGCGCUAUCGACCGCCAGCGCAUGGAGAUCAAACCUACGUUUGAGGAUUUUGAUCGCUCUAAGCAAGGUUUCAUCUCGGCGACGAAAUUUGAGCGUGUACUGUCAAUGUUGACUUUGUUGCCGGCAAAAGCGUCAGAUUUGCGCCUUUUGCUUAUAAAGUUUCGGGAGCAAGCGGCAAUUGGCACGACGGCAACGCUGAGUUCCAUUUGCGAUGUCAACUACCGCGCUUUCCUUCAAGCGCUUCAGAUACUUGGAGCGUCCACGAAGAAUGCCAGUAGUGAAAGUAUUCGGAGUUUAGUUCUGCCUGGGAGUGUUGCCUUCCGACAGGAACAAUAUCAGAGUGGCAUUAUGAACGAUUUUUACAAGCGCAAAGCUCGUGACAAUCACUCUGGGGCAGCCGAUUUAUCGCAACUUUUGGCGGAGUUGCGUCGUCAGCUAAGUACCAAGCGCAUUCGCUUGAAAGAAUUCAUCGUUGAAGGCGACAAACUGCGGUCGGGAGAGAUCACAGUGGCAAAGUUUCACACUGCACUCAACCGCAGUGGUUGUGUACUAGAUGCAGACGACAUCCAAACGUUGAGUACGCACUUCCGCUCAGCUCGAAACCCUGACAAGAUCGACUGGAGAAGCUUCCUGGGGGCUCUGGACUUCUCGCACGGUAUGAAUACAUGGCAACAAGGAGACGUGGACGACUCUAUCAAGCGUAUUCUCGAGAAACUUCGCAAUGAAGUGAACCAUCGCCGUUUGCACAUGAAGCCAUAUUUCCAGGACUACGACCACAACAAUGUCACUCACAUUACCAAGUUCCAAUUCGCUGCUGUGCUUGACAUGAUGCAAGUGUCCUUGAAGCCCGCAGAGGUCCAGGCACUCACGCACUGCUUCGCACACCGAGAUGGCCGCAAACUUACCAACGACGUCAACUAUCUCUCCUUCAUCCAGGCCGUCGACUCGGACUACUCUUAA